CAGACUGAGAGAGUUUCUGAUAAGCGGUGUGAUCGGUUCGUGGUUGGCAAAAGCUAGAAGAAUUGUAUUAAAAAUAUUAAAUAUCCAUUUCACAAGCAACCCGGUUGUUUAUAAGCGAGUGUGGUGUUGAAUACCCUGCUCUGUGGAGACUAUCGGAGAUGACCCGGGUGGCUGUACUCGGGAUUCUCUGCUGGGUUCAUGCAGCUGCCGCAGGAACUCACUCACUGCAGUUUUUUGGAGUGGCGACCACGGAAGGGGCUGGGCUUCCAGAGUAUGUAACUGUGGAUGUGGUGGAUGAUGUGCAAAUGUCAUACUAUAACAGCACCAUGGAAGAACCUGUCCUCCUGCUCGACUCGAUGAAUAAGACUAUGGGUCGUGGGUUCUGGGAAAGACGUACUUGGUAUAUUCUCUAUUGUCAAAAAAUUUUAAAAUGGAGUUUGCGAAAUACAGUCCAGCACUUUAACCAUACUGGAGUUCACAUUUACCAGCGCAUGGGUGGCUGUGAGCUGGAUGAUGAUGGGACCAGGCGAGCAUAUUCGCAUUAUGCGUAUGAUGGGAAGGAUUUUAUUAGUCUUGAUAUGGAGACCCUGACCUGGGUCGCUGCCGUGCCACAGGCUGUCUUCUAUAAACACAAGCGGGAAAAUGACACAGCCCGGCAAGAGAUCACUUUCAAGUUUUUUCAACAGGAGUGUUUCCAGUUGUUGGAGUGGUACAUCCAGUAUGGGAUGGAGACCCUGCAGAGGAAAGUACGCCCUGCAGUGACACUGAUACAGAGGAAAGCGCGUGAAUCUGCAGGAACGGACGUCAUCUGCCACGUGACGGGGUUCUACCCCCGAGAGGUUGAGGUGAACUGGGUCAGAGACGGGGAGGCUCUGCUGGAGGAGGGGGUGUGGAGUGGAGAGGUGCUGCCCAAUGGGGACACAACCUACCAGCUGAGAAAGAUCUUGACAGUGAGUCCUGAGGACCAGAAGAAACACAGCUACUCCUGCCAGGUGCACCACGCCAGCCUGGAUGAGAAGAUGGAUGUGAAAUGGGCUCCAGAGGCUGCUCUGAACGUGGGGUUUGUUGCUGGUGGUGUGCUGGCUGCUCUGGGUCUGAUCAUCGCAGUGAUCAUAGGAGUUCACAUCUGGAUGGAAAGAGCAUCAGCAAAGGAACAAAGUGAUGCUUCAUCCAGCUCCACCAGCGACGACAGGUGUGACUCCGUUGCAGAGAAGCUGAUGACACAGAAAGAGAAUAUACAACUCAGCUGAGACUUCAUCCUUUACACUUUAUUUACCCCGAUAUGGUCACACAGAGCCAUCAGACAAACUGAUAGACAAGGACGCUGUGUUGCGGUCGUCUGUGUUAAGAAUUAAGAAUUUGUAGUCAUUUGUAUGUAGUAACGUAGACCCUAAAUAAGCUGCGUUAAGAAAAUGUAACAUUGCUUUAUUUUAAGCUACCUUCUCAUUUAAGAUACGCUGUUUAAGACAAGCUGACCAACAGUAUGUUCUGCUGUGUGUGUGAUUCUGGAAUCUGAUAACCUUUAGGGAGUUAGUGUCCCAAGGAUGCACGGCCUUGAGGUGACCAGGGCUUUCACUAGAAUACAUGGGACAGCAUGGCGCAAAGCAGCAGCUCUUCUGGAAAAUGACAGUGUGUGGGACACGUGAGAAAACAAGAAGAAAACAGUGACUGUGUUGAUUUUACUUGGAGGAUUACUACUUGUUUGUUGGAAACUACCUGCUUAUAAAUGAAGAAGUACAGUCAGGACAUGA